CCGAGCCCCCGCGGCCCUCCCGGCCCGGGACGCCCGGCGCUUCCCGGCGUGACGCCCGGCCACCGGCGCGGGGUCACACCGCGCACGACCAGGGGCCGGCCGGGCGCACCGGAGCCCCCUCCCGCCCCCGCGGCGCGGCCCAGGGCGGCGGCACGGCCGAGUCGGUCCGGGCCGCUGGGGUCAGGCCGCUCGGGGGACCCGGCGAGCGGCGGCCGGCGUGGCCUGCGGCGGGGGUGAAGUUCCGCGAAGUUCGGCCCGGCGGGGCGGGGCGGAGCCGGCAGGGCCCCCGCCGCACGGCGCGGCAGCUCCCGCCCCUUCCCCGGGGGAGCGCGGGCCGGGCCGCGGCCGCCACCUCCCCCGGCAGGGGCGGGCAGGGGGAGGAGCGCGCCGGGCCGGGCCGGGCGGCGCCGGAGGGGCUAGGGGGAGCUGCUGCACCUGAUACACCGGGGCGGGAGCGCGGCGAGGGAGGGAGCGGCGCUGCCCGCUGCCGGCGAGAGCCUCUCCCCGCCGUUAGUCAGCGCUGGUCGCGCUGCUUCUGCCUCUUGCCGCCCCUUCUGCGCGGAGCUGGGCUCUCGCUCCCGUUCCCCUCGGGGCCGGCUGCAGCGCGUCCUCUUCCUCCUCCGCCUUUCCCCUCGGGCCCCAUGGCUUCGGCCGGCAGCGGCAUGGAGGAGGUGCGCGUCUCGGUGCUGACCCCGCUGAAGCUCGUGGGGCUGGUGUGCAUCUUUCUGGCGCUGUGCCUGGACCUGGGAGCCGUGCUGAGCCCCGCCUGGGUGACGGCGGACCACCAGUACUACCUGUCCCUCUGGGAGUCCUGCCGCAAGCCCGGCAACUUGGACAGCUGGCUCUGCGAGUCGACGCUGCACAGCGAUUGGCAGAUAGCUACUCUUGCUUUGCUGUUGGGUGGUGCUGCCAUUAUUCUCAUAGCUUUCCUGGUUGGGUUGAUCUCUAUCUGCGUGGGAUCUCGGAGGCGGUUCUACAGACCAGUUGCAGUCAUGCUCUUUGCUGCAGUUGUUCUUCAGGUGUGCAGCUUAGUCCUUUAUCCAAUCAAGUUCAUUGAAACGGUCAGCUUGAAAAUAUACCAUGAGUUCAACUGGGGCUAUGGCCUGGCUUGGGGUGCAACUAUAUUUUCAUUUGGGGGUGCCAUUCUUUAUUGCCUGAACCCUAAGAACUAUGAAGACUAUUACUAGAAUCAUUUAAUAAAAAGAAAAAUAACAAAAGGAUUACUCCAUCUUUUCUAACUCACAGUUUUUUUAGAACACUUGUGGAGCACCAAACAGUCUGCUCUGUUGAUAAAAUAGCCUUUGCCUUUUGGGUGUGAACACUAUAACCAGCUUUUACAACCAUUUAAAAGAACUGCAAACACUUAAGAUUGCUGAUCAUACAUAGGCAGAUGCUGCAAGCUGCUGAUACAUAAGCUUCAUUUUUCCUGACAACAAGCAAAAGGAUCUACGUGACGGCGAUCAUUGUGAGAAAACUAGUUGGAAUGAGAAUGCAAUGCCAGCAUCUGCUAUUGCCUUCAGGGGAGCAGCUGGCAUAGGGUCCAUUUAGAAGUUUCCCUGUAUCAUAGAGGAUUCAGAUGUCUGAUAAGCAGGCAAUGGCAUCUUGUAUAAUAGGCUGUGUUGGCCCCUCGUUACUUGCUCGAAAAAAGCUCUUAAGGAAUUAGUUGUAAGUGACUGUGUUGAGGGCAGUGAAUGUAACUGGUUAAUGACUUGUCUAAUAUCUGCAUUCAACAGUCUUCUGGGAGAAUAAUAAAAAAAUUUUAAAAAGGCAAAAAACAAAAAAACAAGCCACCAGUCACGCAGGAUUUCAUGAAUUGGUAAUUAACAUCACCGUGCCAGCUGUAACAGAUUGUUGAAGGAAGUCCAAACCUGGAGACAUGUGCUUCUGACUGUGUAGUUGGAAGUUGUCUGGGGUCUGACUAUUUUGCUGGGAGGAUAGAGAUAAGGGGUAGCAGAAAAAAAUCUUAUCUGUCCAUGAGGCAUCUAAAAUGUAUGAAUUGAAUGAAUUGCAGUUGUCCUGAGCACUCAUUUAACCUCUGAACAUCAUCAUGAAAAGAGUGCAUAUGGAACAAGUUCAGUUAUAUUUUUGAAAGGUAUUUGUUAGUAUAAAUGAAUAUAUAUAAUACAAAUAUAAAUGCAGAGAAAGAGAGAGAUGAUUCGUCUUAAAAUUGUAGUAUGAGCUGUGAUGCAGUGGUUAAAAUACUAACUUUGUACACAUUCUUGAAAGCAUUGGAUUGGUACCCCACUUUUGGUUGAUGUUACAGAAUAAACGUAAAAUGGUUUGUCUUCUGUAUGUGCCCUUGUACAGACUCUGUGUUAUGGGAAAUGCUUAGAAGUUCACGUCAAGUUAACGUAGAACUGGACAAAAUAACUACUUGCUAUUCCACGUAUAGUCUAAUACUUACUAAAAAAAAAUCUUUUCUAAGGCUGUUGCAAAGAAACAAAAUGCCUUUUUCUAAAAAUCUAGUUAGGUUGUGAGUGUCUCUGAUCAUCAAGAAUACAGCUGAGACCCCAUCAUGUCCAUAUUGAAACAUUAGCACUUCAGGAGGUAAUCUCUUGUUUUUAAAAGCUGAGUUUAUAAUGGACUGGCUGAUGAUUAUGUACAUCUAAUUACUCCUUGCUUAGUACGUUUCCCACUUAAAACAUCCCAAGCCUGUACUUAUGCAAUGAAAUCCAAGAUAAAGUAGGAAGAACUUUCACAUGAAUUUAAUCGGGAUCACUUUUAUUUUUGUUUACAAUUUGCUUAUUUGGAUAGUUUCAAUUAAUUAUGAACAUAUUUUUAUACAAUUCUACUCUUUAGAAAUAACUAUUUUUUUUAACGGAGAAAUUAAAAAUAUAUUCUAUGUGGACCUCUGCAAAAGCAGAUAUGCUGGGGUUGCACAUCCACCUCUACACCAAUGGUUUUGCUGGUUCCACGGAAAAGACUGCUGAGUUACUCAAAGUUAAGACCGCGUCUACAGUGUUAAUGCUUGUGCCACAGUUUGCAGGUCACAGAGGUUCUCCAGUGACUGUGUGACCACACAGCUGCCUUUGAGGAGGUUGUUGUGAAAGUGUUGCUGAUGUAUGGAGACAGUUUACAAAACUGUAGGGCUCUCUGGAGUUAAAUUUUUACUAGUAUGGCAAACUGUUCCGUAUCAGUGGUGAUUAAUUAGAUUAGGUGGGUAGAUUCCAGGGCCAGUGGUGAUUAUUUAGAUUAGGUGGAGCAAAAUGAUAGCUUGACUUGGAAGGGAUUGUAUGGCAAUGCCUGGAGAACAAAGAGGAUGAGAGGAAAAAUUAUGUCCACUUGUUUCACAGGUACCGCAGAGCGUUUGUAACUUUGUUGGUUGUUUAGUUGUUGCAUUUUUUCCUGAGACUGUCUUAAGGUGGAUAUUCAGUAGAUAGUUAACUCUGUAUCUUUCUAAACAGCUGUGUAGUUCUGGUUUUAUUUAGCAGCAUGGAGAACGUGGUAUUUUGGCGUGGGAAUUAGGUUAGCUAGAGAAGCCCACUGUGAGAUGAUGUCUGUACUUUUCUAGGAGGACGAUGUUCUGGUGCUGAUAUUGUGUGGCAAUUUACCUAUGCUGACAAGAAGGUACAGUGCUGAACCCAUAUCGUAUCCACUAAUUUAUCAAAUCAUUUUUCUUUAUGUAGAGUUUGAGUGAACACAACUGUCAGGCCUAAGGCCUGUGCAAAUUAACGGCAUGCGCUCUGAAAGUCACCAGACUGUUAAUAUGAAAGGCAUUCAGGCAAAAAAAAUUUAGAGAUGUGAAUGCCUAAAGACAAGGUUCUUCAUAUUUGAGUCAGAGAUCUGAUUUUCAGUCUCAACACCUGCUUUUCCUUUUGAAGAUAACGAAGUCUAUUAGGACCCAUCUCUCAGACUCCUCGGGUCCUUUGCAUUUGGGCAUCUAGCAUAUGGGUUUAGGUACCUGCCUUCAGCUUACAUUGCUACUGCAGUUUCUGAUUUCCCCUCCCCCCCCCUUACCAUUGCCAAUUUUAGUAAGCAGUCUGUUUCUCAGACUAAAAGUAAAUAGAACAUUAUGCUGUUGUUUGGGGGGUGUUUUUUGCUUUGGGUUUUUUUUUUUUUCUAGCUACAAAAAGGAUGCAUACCUGUGUCUUGAGUGUAUGUAUGACAAAUCAAUCAUUUUGUACGUUGUACUUGUGUCAUGCCCCCAUUAUUUCUGUUGUUUGGCUUUAUCUCACUGGGAGGAUGAUUCUUUCACUCAACAAAUGCGUUGUUUUUCUUCCAAAUAUAUGCGAUUAAAUAUAUAUAUAUAUAGCAAACUUGCAAGCAGGGCUAGUUAUUUGUAUUUUUUAAGCUUAAAGUAUACCGUCCGGUGCUGACAAGUACCUAGCACCUCUUCUGGAUUUCUUGCACAACUUCGUUUAGCUUUUGUAAAUUUUAAAAACAAAUAUAGAGAGACCUAUGUGUUUGAAAUAUAAAUGAUAUAUAUGGAUUAGCAUGUAACUGUAUAUUAUUAAACAUGCGAUGAACUGACUGGUAAGUGAAGUCUAAUCUUAUGGCUAGCAAUGUAAUUUAUUCAGACUGUAUUUUUGUACAGCUCAGUGCACACUAACCUAUUGCCUCUGUGUCCUCUAUAAUGCCUCAAACUGUGCCUAGAAAUUUAAUUUCUGUCUUUAAAAGAAAAAAAAAAAAGACAACUAAAUGCUUCAUGUUGUUGAUGGUAUUGGGUUUUCUGACGUUUUCCUUUAUUUAUUUUUGAGAAGUGUAUGGUAAGUUUAUUAAAUUAAUCCAUCAACAUACGAUUCAUUUUAAAUGGUCAUUGUUAGCAGUGAAAGACACUUCUUUUUUUUUAAUCAAAACUUAUAAGUUUGCAGUUUUAAUACCAUUUCUGCAUUCACGAUUUUUGUAGCUUACAUAAAGUUUUAUGUGAAAAAGUAACUGAAAUAAAAGAAUUGUUACACUAACCAAA